UGCAAAUGGCAACGAGGGAUAGUUGCUAAUUGCUGUUGCGGAAAAGCGUUAGUAUGGUAAUUGGAUUAGGGCUUGUUAGAAAACUUGUGGAAAAUUUGCCAAAAUUUGAUUACAGAUACAGACCUGGAAUGUGAUAGUCAUUUGUAUCCUCUUUUGUAAUUAAAAAUACUGGGAGAGCUCAGCCAAGCUGUAUAAUAACUUAAUAACAUAGUUUAACGAGGUUCCGAAAGCAUCUGCUUUCGUAAGGGAGUUGGUGGUAGCUCCCCCAUUAUUGGGAAGACACCCCUGGGGUCCUCGUUAGCUGGUCAACUGCUGGGACAAUGCUCUGUUGUCUAUGCAGGGACCCGGUGAGCCACAGGACAUCUUUCUCAAAGUAGCCGGCGGACCAAGCCCGCAGAUCAAAAAGUUCUUUGUUGCUAUUUAUACGGAUGCCUGGCUGGCAGCACCUGCCCAGAUCUGGCAGUUCUACCUGCACUCGCUGCAGCGCCUGGACGUCGCCUGCACGGCCGGGCAGCUCACGCGCCUCUCCCUGCUGCUGCGCGGCACCGCGGCCCCGCGGAGGGUGCGCGCCUUCACCUCCCACCCCCAGGAGCUGGAGGUGGAUCCGAACGGUGCCUUCCUCCUCCCCGCCAAUGGCAUUCAGGACCUGUACAUCGGUGUGAGGCCACGGCGGGCUGGCAGCAAGUUCAUCUACCUCAACCUGGUGGAUGUGGAGUCCCACCAGCUGGUGUCCUCCUGGCUGCUCUGCCUGUCCUGCAGGCAGCCUCUCAUCUCCAAGGCCUUUGAGAUCUCUCUGCCUGCGGGAGGUGGGAAAGGCUGCAACAAGCGCAUCACCUACACCAACCCCUACCCCUCACCCCGGCUCUACUUCUUGUGCACCAACCGCCCUGACCUGCUGCAGUUCAGGGAGGACUCCUUCGAGGUGGCCGGAGGGGAGGUGUACACCAUCGGCCUGCGCUUCGCCCCGAGCCAGACUGUGGGGGGGGAGGAGAUCCUGAUUCACAUCAAUGACCACGAGGACAAGAACGAGGAGACCUUCUGUGUGAAGGUCCUGUACCAGUGAGGCCGCCUGCCUGUCGCUGCAAAGCUGCAGGUUCCUGUGCCAGCCCACACCACCUUGGGGGUGGCUGUGUCUGUCUGAGGGUACUCAUGAUCCCUAUCCCCUGGCUGUCACCUUGCCAGGCUGGGGGGUGUCUCUGUCACUGGGAUCCUCAGGCAUUGCCAUGAGUGCUGGUGGUGCCACGUGGCUCCAUGUGCACAAAUUGAGACGAGUGGAUGUGUUUGUUACGGCACUUUGUGACUGUAGGAUCUGUAUUUUUCUUAAGCAUGAUGAUAUUUUAGGCACUUUUAAUCUUUUUUUAACUUAAAAAGUUUGCCGAUUUGAUUAUGCAGAAUAUUUUUAAAGUAUUUUAUAUUCAACGGUGAGUUUUGUACACACUAAGGCAGUUCUACGGGUUUUUUUUGAUACUUUUUACUCAUCCUUGAUGCAUAAAAUUUGCUGUGCACAA